GAGAAAAUUUUAGUUGUCUCACUCACACUAAUGGACACUGUUACACAGUGUCGACUUCUGUCGUAGCUGGAAAGCUCCCAUAGCUACUUCCGUCCCCAAUCGUUACGCCAAAUGCUCCCUCCUGUGUCUUUUUACUCAUUGAUGAUCAGACUGGAUCAGACUAUCAUCCGGUUGCAAAGUGCGCGACACGUGCUGUGUGCAUGUAGAAACCUAACCUCCGUUCGCGGUCUGUUCCGUAUUUUUGAAAAAUAACGUAUAUGAAAAUACUAUAGUAUACGUCACAUAUAUUAUAAAGUUUCCUAGUAUUUUUGUAUACGUUAUUUUUCAAGAAUACGGCCGCCGAGCGACUAUAUACAUAUACAGGCACCUUACAUCAGUUACAUCACUGCUUUGCAUCAAAUAACCUCAAAGCCAUUGGGCAGAUAAUGCCAAUAGUCCAGACGACAUCGGACUUAAGAACAAACGACCAAAGCCAUUCCGACAUAUCAAUUGUGCGCCUUGUUUAACAGUGAAAUCUGUUAUUUGGCUUAUAAAAGUGUUAAAAAAAGGGGAACGAAAUAGUGCUAUUUUGUUGUUUAUGUAAAAAAAAGUAUAUAUAAUAAGAUUAUUUUACACAAGACUCAAUGAUGACAGUGAAUAAAUUCUCAAUGGAGAAAGAUACUUAAUUACUAUUACUUCAUCUGUAAUAUAUGUUAAGUUUGUAUGUUACUGUUUGUAUGCAAAUUGUGCAACGUCAAUUUGCAUUAUGACGCUUAUUGAAUACGUGCAAACUCUAUCUGAUAAUCCUUACUUCGGCGCUGGUUUUGGUCUAUUUGGCCUUGGAGCUGGAGCUGCCUUGUUAAGGAAAGGCGUUCAGGUUGGAGCUGUAUUAUUCAGACGACAUUAUAUGAUCACUUUAGAAGUGCCAUGCCGUGAUAAGAGUUAUCAGUGGCUGCUGCAAUGGAUCACACUUAAGGGUGCAGGAAAAACACAACAUCUCUCUGUAGAGACUAGUUUCGAGCAGAGGGAGACUGGUCAUGUAAAAACCAAAUACAACUUUAUUCCCAGUAUAGGAACUCAUUUUUUCAGAUAUAAGGGAAACUGGAUAAAAGUAGAAAGAACUAGGGAGCAACAGACUUUAGAUCUACAUGCUGGCGUACCAUGGGAAACUGUAGUGUUGACGGCGUUCGGCAAAAACAAAAGCAUAUACUUCAAUAUUCUCGAAGAAGCCAGAGAAAUGGCUCUAAAGGAACACGAGGGCAAGACUAUAAUGUACGUUGCGAUGGGAAGCGAGUGGCGGCAGUUCGGGCACGCCAGGAAGAGGAGACCGCUGAAAUCAGUAGUCCUUGAUACCGGUAUUUCCGAGAGGAUAAUAAAGGAUUGUAAGGAAUUCAUCAAUAACCCAUCAUGGUACAACGAAAGAGGAAUACCGUAUCGUAGAGGCUACUUGCUACACGGGCCACCAGGAUGCGGCAAGUCCUCAUACAUUACUGCGUUAGCUGGAGAAUUGGAAUAUGGUAUCUGCGUUUUGAAUUUAUCCGAGAGAGGUCUGACGGACGACAGACUGAAUCACCUGUUAGCGGUAGCACCGCAGCAGACCAUCAUUCUGCUCGAGGAUAUCGACGCUGCUUUCACUAGUAGGAAGGAUUCUAAGGAAGUUAAAGCAGCGUAUGAUGGUCUAAACAGAGUAACGUUCAGCGGUUUAUUAAACUGUUUGGAUGGCGUUGCGUCUACAGAAGGCAGAAUAUUAUUUAUGACAACCAAUUAUUUGGACAGAUUAGAUCCCGCGCUCGUUAGACCGGGCAGAGUUGACGUCAAGGAAUACAUUGGAUGGUGCAGUGCGAGUCAAGUUGAGCAAAUGUUUCUGAGAUUUUACAAGGAACCGAACAAAGAUUCUGGUACGCUUGCAACAGAAUUCGCGAAAAGCGUUGUGUCUUUUAAGAAAGAUGUUAGUCCGGCGCAGAUUCAGGGAUACUUCAUGUUUCAUAAAAAUAAUCCGGACGCGGUUAUAAAUAACGUUGGGCAAAUCUGGGAAAUCACAUGAUAAGAAGUAAAACUGUAGUUGUAAUUCAAAAUAAAACCACAUGUAAUCAAUGCAA